AUGGCUGCCAAUGUUGACAAACAGACGACACAUUGUCCAUUGCAGAAGUUUACUGGGUUUUCUGCUACAUUUGCCAGAGAAAAAGAAUAUGUGAAACUUUCUGAAUGUACCAAAAACAUUUCAAAUCAUUUAAAGUCUUGCAAGUUGCCAAGUGGCCACCAAUCGAAAUGGGAGGCAGAUGUAUCAAGUGAAGGACAUCUUAUAUCAUACAGAUGUGGACUUUUCAGCUUUCAACCAGACUUGAAGGUGUGCCCUGUACAUAGGUACAAUUUAGGGUUGUUAUGGAAACCAGCAAGAUCUUGUGCCAAUCCAGAGCAUAAAGGAAGUAAGAAAGUUACUAAAGUGGUGAUAACCAAAUUGAGCAGAUAUUUAUUCAUCAGAGAAGGCAUCUUUAUUCCUGUUGGAGCAGGCUUAUGUAGUUCAUGCUUUAUAAUCUUAAAUGGAAAGUACAAUGAGGAGCAGAUAGAACUAGAAAAUGUCAGUCCAGACUGUAUUGAUAAAGAAGAUGUAGAAAGUUUAGACCAGGAAGCUUCAUAUUCACUAAGACCAAGGACACAGAAGGGUGAUCAUCAUUCUGAGUUAUUUGAUAUGGAUCAAUCUCAAUCAACAAUAGAAGAUUUUGAUUCUCAAGUGUCAACCUGGAGUGAUGCCUUAAGCAAGCCAUCAAUUGAAAGUUUAAAUGAGGCUUUACAAAUACUUGGAAAAGGAUCAAUCAGCCCUUUGAAAAGCCAGCUUAAAACUCCGAUAGAGGAUGCAAGCAGCAGGACAGUAAGGCUGUAUAAAAGAAAAGCAGUUCAAGGUAUUGAUGCAUUGAUUGAAUGUAUAGCACCAGGCCAAAGCAGUAAACUUUUCAAGCAUAUAACUUCACAAGUCAGUAACAAUGAAGAUACAGAUAGUCAGCUGACUCAAAUGAUUGUAAAGCUUUAUAACAGUUCCGAUAAAAAUAAUGAAAAGUUACAGCUGCUCUCAAUGAUUGCAAAUAAAUACUAAAAAACACAACUGCAGAAUUUGAU